AUGCAGCUGUGUGGCCGUCAGAAACUCGUUCAGCGCAAGAUGGUGCUGCUAGGCGAUGGAGCCUGCGGCAAGACAUCGGCGUUGAACGUCUUUACUCGAGGAUUCUUCCCAACGGUCUAUGAGCCUACUGUCUUUGAGAACUACGUGCACGAUAUCUUCGUCGAUGGAACACAUGUGGAGCUGUCUCUCUGGGAUACUGCGGGUCAGGAGGAGUUCGACCGUCUGCGCGCGCUUUCCUACGAAGACACCCAUGUCCUGAUGCUGUGCUUUAGUGUCGACAGCCCUGACUCGUUCGAAAAUGUAUCCUCCAAGUGGAUCGCCGAGAUCAACGAUAACUGCCCUGGCGUGCGCGUCGUUCUGACAGCACUGAAGUGUGAUCUGCGCAAGGACGACGACCAGAACGACACCGAUGCAAUCACCUUUGACCAGGGCCUAGCUAAGGCCAAGGAAAUCGGCGCCGUGAAGUACCUCGGUGGGUUCAUUCUAUCUCCAAUUGCACUGGCAGUGGAAUACACGCGCGGAACCCAGCUAAAUCAAAUAGAAUGCUCUGCCGUCCAAAAUAGGGGCAUCAGAGAAAGCUUCUACGAAGCAGCCAAGGUCGCCAUGGAGGUCAAGCCAACCGGGGCCUCCACCUCCAGCCAGAAAUGCGUCAUCCUCUAA